AUGAAGCAAAUAUUAAACGAGUUCGCUAGCAACACCUCGGGACAUGGAUGGGGAAUGGUUGGUCGGACCACUAACGCAUUUGCCAAGACAUUAUGGAUAGUUAUCACCGUUCUAUCAACCAUAGCUGCUAUCAUUUGGGUAGCAACUAUUGUAGGUAGAUAUAUCAAAUACGAAACGAAGGACAAGGUGGAGCUAAAAGCAGAUGUAGACAUUGUAUUCCCCUCUGUUACUGUGUGCCCACUACAUGGUUAUUCCAACGAUAAGAUGAAUGACCCCAAGCUUGUGAGUAGCUUUUUACUGCAGAGCAGACUAAUAAUGGCGGUGUACCCUCGUAUCAAGAACAUCACCCAAAUGACAAAUGAAACUGGUGACGUAAUUUUAGAACUAGUGCAUCGAAUAAGAUCACACAGAGGAUAUUACGAAAAUAUGGGGAAAAGAGAAACAUCAGCCUUGAGUCAUGAGAUUAUCAACCUUGUACCAUAUUGUCUUUACCAGGAGAGUCGAUGCACCCCGGAGCAUUUUCAGAAGCUUGUACAUCAUGAGUACAUGAAUUGUUAUACUUUUAAUGGAAAGGAUAUCAAUCUAACCAAACCAGUUAUAAGUAGCAGUGGGGCACAAAAUGGUCUUUCUCUUACAUUGUUUCUCGAGCAGAAAGAUGAUACCUACGCUCCUUAUGACCGAAGUCGGGCCAUCACAGCGACAGCAGGGGCAAGAGUUAUCAUACACGAGAAAGGGACAUUGCCUGAUCCAGACAAUGAUGGAUUUAACGUUGAGCCAGGGCACUUAGUGAAUGUCGCUCUAUCUGUAAACAAACGGGAGCUGAUGAAACCACCUUGGGGCGAAUGCGCGGAUCAUAAUACACUGCAAUCGACCGACUUCAAAUACUCUAGAAACGCAUGCAAAAGUAAAUGUUUGGAGAAGAUGAUCCAACAAGAAUGUGGGUGUAAAAAAGAUUUGCUCCCAGUUGAAUUAGAAACAAGAGAUGACGAUAUUCAAGCGUGUGGAAAGUUUAACAGAGAAGAGUGGUUGAAAGUACCAAAUAUAACGGAAGCAAACAUCACUAUUCUAAAGGAGGAUGUUACCCGGUUUAAAUGCGGAGAGAAGGAAUAUGCAUGGUCUAAAAUUUCCGAAGAUAUACCCGGAUGUAAAUGUGAAUACAACUGUUCCUAUCUUACGUAUGAUAUCGAGACGUCACAAUCUUUGUGGCCAAUGAAAGGCUCGGAGAUGGAUUUCUUCUGUGGCGGAUUAGCGUAUGAAGACACUUACGUUGGUUCAACGAUUUACGAUGAGUUUCAUGACAAAAUUGGCAUGUACUGCCUAAACUACUUUGGACAGUAUGCGAAUAUAUCGAAACUCUGGGGAGACAAGCUAAGAGAUAACUUCCUACGCGUAAAUGUUUAUCUCAAAGAACCUGUGACCAAAUACACGGUUGAAGAGGUUGAUUUCACUGUGAUCACAAUGGUAUCAGAAAUAGGUGGCGUUCUUGGCAUAUUCAUUGGUGUGUCAAUCAUAACAAUCCUUGAAGUUUUCGUACUGUGUAAUGGUAUCGUUUAUACUUUAUACAGAGCGAAAAAGACAUCAUCUAACAUUGAUGUUACAGAAGUUAUUGUUACUCAAAGCAAAAACUCAGAGAAUCUGUCUGAUCCCAAAACUAAAUAUUAUCAAUCCAAACUGUCUAAAUAAUGCAAUAUGGGCUUAGUUAAAAUGUGAGAGAUACAUGUUUAAAUAUCA